AUGUUAUGGUCGGAAACUGAUGUGUUGUAUCAAAUUUUUCCAACACCAUUUUCUUCGAUAGCUUGGAAAAUUCUUAUUUUUAUUACACUUUUACAACUUAUCUUUCAUCUUGUUUUGCCUAAAGAUCUUGUCACAGUUAUCAAUAGCAUGGGAGAACGAGAAUGUCAUCCAGUGAAUUCGUUCCAGUCAUGUCUUCUUGUAAUACUAUUAUUCAUCUUUGGCUCAGCACUAGGCUUCUACAAAGCUUCUAUCAUUUAUAUGAAUUGGAUUCAAAUCCUAUCAUUGUUAAACUUUAUAUCCAUGAUCAUGGUUUUAUUGUUGUAUAUACGACAACGAAGUGAUGAUGAUGAUACUUCUGAUAUUAUCAGUGGAUUGUUUUUUGGUACUGAUUUAACGCCAGUGAUUUAUUCAGUUGAUCUCAAACACUUUAUCACCUAUAGAAUUGCUCGAACUUUAUGGCCGUUAUAUAUCAUCUCAUCCCUCUACUACAAUUAUACAUUUUAUGGAAGGAUCAAUAAUAAUUUACUAUCCUGUGCAAUUUUACAACUCAUUUAUAUCGGUAAAAUACAUUGGUUUGAACAUUUGCAUUAUAGUCAACUGGAUACUCAAAAUAAGAAAGCAGGAUUUUUUUACAUUUGGGGAACUCUUGUACUUUAUCCAGCAUUCUAUGCAACACCAAUUACAGUACUUGCACAACGUAAGGUUGUGUUACCUUUACCAAUCAGUGUGGCACUACUCUUCAUUACUGUCAUGGCGAUGUAUGUUACGGUUGACAGUGAUCGACAACGUGUACAAUUCAGACUUGCUAAUGGAAAUAUGAAAAUAUGGGGUGAAGAUCCAUUUUUUAUUACUGCCAAAUAUCGACGUAAAAAUGGUGAAGUUGCUGCGAAUUUACUUUUAGGAAGCGGCUGGUGGGGAUUAUGUCGGCAUCCAAAUUAUUUCGGUGAAUGGCUCACAUUUGCCUGUUGGACAAUUUUGCAGGGAGCAAGUACAUUUUUCGCCUGUUUUCCGUUCUUGUUUCUAACAUGCUACUUAUAUUUACGAUUAAAGCAUGAUGAACUGAGAUGUUUGGCAAAAUAUGGACCAUACUGGUUGCAGUAUCGGAAUCGAGUGAAAUAUUUGCUCAUUCCUUCGUUGUUUUAAAUCCCAGAUAAUUUUAUGCGAUUCAGAGAAGGAAAUAUAGUUGAGAAGGAC